CGGUUUACAACUAUGACUGUUCAGGAGAACAGGAGCUGAGUCUCAGGGUUGGAGACACGGUGCACAUACUGGAGAAGUUUGAAGGAUGGUAUCGGGGUUACACGCUCAGACACAAGGCACACAAGGGCAUCUUUCCAGCUUCCUAUAUUUUCCUGAAGGAGGCUCACGUGGAGGGCAGUGGUGAGGAGGAGACGGUGGUUCCUACAGACGUUCCGCUGGUGCUGGAGUUAGCGGCUACGCUACGAGAAUGGGCCCAGAUAUGGCAGAAACUAUACGUGGACAACAGCAGUGUCAUGUUCCGUCGUGUCCACCAGAUGGCGUUGUCCUUAAUGGAGUAUCGCUCGCAGAUAGUCAGCGGAACUCUGCCCAAAGACGACCUUGAGGAACUACGCAAGAAGGUCACAGCCAAGAUCGACUACGGAAACCGUAUUCUAGGUUUGGACCUGGUGGUUCGGGAUGAGAAUGGCAACACACUGGACCCGUUCAGUAGCAGCACCGUCAGCCUGUUCAGAGCCCACCAGAGCGCAUCAGAGUCCAUCAACGAACGCAUACAGGAGGAGAAGUCUCGUCUGCAGAACCUUGAGCUGCGCCGCCAGACUCUCUUCUCCACGGUCCACACCUACAGCCUGCUGCUCAACCUCAAGAACUUCGUCUGCAACAUCGGAGAAGACGCCGAACUGCUGAUGUCAAUUUACGACCCCGACCAGUCAGAAGUCAUCAGUGAGAAUUUCCUGGUGCGUUGGGACAGUACGGGGAUGCCCAAAGAAAUCGAGAAGCUCAACAAUCUGCCAGCUCUCUUCACAGAUCUCAGCAGUAGUGACCUCAUCAGGGCUCGCCUGUUCCUGGUGUGUCAGAUCAUCAGGGUGGGGGCCAUGGAACUCAAAGAGGCCCGCAAGCAGACCGGGGGGCUCAGGAGACCGUUUGGAGUCGCAGUGAUGGACAUUACAGAUAUCGCUCACGGAAAAGCAGACGAUGAAGACAAGCAGCACUUCAUCCCAUUCCAGCAGAUCGCCAUGGAGACGUAUAUUCGUCAGCGUCAGCUGAUCAUGUCUCCUCUGAUUCCGUCCAAGAUCAUCGGCGAGAACGAGCCGCUCACCUCCGUGCUGAACAAGGUCAUCGCAAACCGAGACGUCAACCACAAGGGCCAGGGGUUGUUUGUGACGUUGAAGCUGUUGCCAGGCGACCUGUCUCAGGUCCUGAAGGACUAUCCGCACUUCGUAGACCGCAGCACCGCCGUCGUCAGGAAGAUGGGCUUCCCAGAGAUCAUACUGCCGGGUAACGUGCGUAAUGAUAUCUACGUGACGCUACUACAGGGAGAGUUUGAUCGCGGGAAAAAGAAGACGCCAAAGAACGUGGAGGUUCUACUGAGCGUACACUACGAGGACGGGAGAGUAGCAGAGAGAGCUCUGUUUCCCGGCGCUGGUUAUGACGGGGUUAACGAGUACAAGUCCGUCAUCUACUACCAAGUCAAGCAGCCCUGCUGGAACGAAACAGUCAAGGUGGCGAUCCCCAUUGAGGAUGUGUGUCGGUGUCAUCUGAGGUUCGUCUUCCGUCACCGAUCUUCUCAAGACUCGCGUGAUAAGUCUGAGAAGCCGUUCGGCAUGGCCUACGUCAAACUGAUGAAGUCAGACGGAACAACGCUACGGGACGGCAGACACGACCUCAUCGUCUAUAAGGUGGAGAAGAAGGCGGAUGAGGCGAGUGCGUACCUCUCUCUCCCGGGGUGUUGGGCGGAGGUGGAGGAGAGGGAGAGGCAGACGGGGAAACAGCCGAACAUGAACACCAACAACAUGACGAAGGACAGCUUCCAGAUAGCAACGCUCACGUGCUCUACCAAGCUCACGCAGAACGUGGAUCUUCUGGGUCUGCUAAACUGGAGGUCCAACCCUGAAGAACUGGAGCAGAACCUGCAGAGACUGAUGGAGGUGGAAGGAGGAGAGAUCGUCAAGUUUCUUCAGGACACUCUGGAUGCCCUCUUCAGCAUCAUGAUGGAAACGUCAGACAAGGAACAAUAUGACACCCUGCUCUUCAACGCACUGGUGUUCAUCAUCUCUCUGAUUGGUGACAUCAAGUUCCAGCAUUUCAACCCCGUCCUGGAGACAUACAUCAACAAGCACUUCAGCGCCACGCUCGCAUACGUUAAGCUGACCAAGGUCCUGAAUCAUUACGUGUCCAAUGCGGAGGACUCGCUCUACGCUGAGAGACUCUACGCCGCUCUCAAGGCCUUCAAAUACCUCUUCCGCUUCAUCGUCCAAUCACGCGUUCUCUACCUCAGGUUCUAUGGCAACAGUGAGGAUGGCGACGCCUUCUUCAAUUCCAUCAGAAGUCUCUUCCUGUCUGUCAACGCCCUCAUGGACCGCCCCCUGGACGAGGGAGUCAAGAUCAAGGGUGCUGUGUUGAAGUAUCUUCCCUCCAUCAUCAAUGACCUGCAGCAAGUCUUCGACCCCGUGGAGCUCAGUGUGCACCUCAGUAAGUUCAUUGAGAGCAUCCCUGAUGGCCAGAUGGUGAGACAGAAGAUCUUCUGCAUGUGCAAGAUGGUGGAGAGCGACCUCUUCAGGCAGCCAGAGUGUCGGGACGUCCUCCUGCCCCUGCUAACGGACCAGUUGAGUGGCCAGCUGGACGACCAUUCCAGUAAGCCGGACUACGAGGCCUGCGUACAACUACUCAGCACAGUACUGGACAUGCUCGACCGCAAAGACGUGGGUCCGACGGGGGAGCACAUACGCAUCAUCAUGGAGCGACUCCUGCGCAGAGUCAACAGGACGGUUAUAGGCAUGGAACACUCAUCACCUCUUAUAGGUCCGUAUCUGGCCUGCAUGACGGCGAUACUGAAGCAGAUGGACAACUCUCACUACACACACCACAUACACACCUUCAAGACCCAGCAAGACCUUAUAGAUUUCCUGAUGGAGGCGUUCAUCAUGUUCCGUGACCUGAUGGGCAGCGUGUUCCCUUCUGAUUGGCUCCUGAUGAACCUCCUGCAGAUGCAAGUCUUCCUGCGAGCCAUACACCAGUACUCUACUGUGUUAAACACACGCUUUCUGGACAACACACACUUCCACCACCAGCUCUGGGAUAACUAUUUCCACUUGGCGGUGGCCUUCCUUACCCAUAAGUCAUUGCAACUGGAGAACUUCUCACUCGAGAAACGCAACAAGAUCCUCAACAAGUAUGGGGACAUGCGCAAGAGUUUGGGAUUUCAGAUGAGAGAUAUGUGGUACAACCUUGGUCCCCAUAAGAUGAAGUUUAUCCCCUCCAUGGUGGGCCCCAUACUGGAGGUGACUCUGGUGUCGGAGCCGGAGCUACGGAAGGAGACCAUCCCCAUCUUCUUCGAUAUGAUGCAGUGCGAACACAACUGCAGCCAGAACCGAACCUUCCACAUGUUUGAGAACGAGCUGAUUACAAAGCUGGACCAGGAGGUGGAGGGGGGGAGGGGCGACGCCCAAUACAAGAUACUGCUGGAGAAAACGUUAUUGGAGCACUGCAGGCGUCACCGCUACCUGGCGGAGUCUGGCGAGGAGUUAGCAUUGUUGCUAAGUAGCCUGCUGGAAAACCUGCUAGCGUACCGCACGAUAACACACGACACCAGCCCAGAACUACGCAUGGGCUGCACUGUCAACGUGCUCAACUUCUACAAGGAGAAGCAGAGGGAGGACAUCUACAUCAGGUACCUGUACAAGCUGAGGGAUCUGCAUCUGGACUGUGAGAACUACACGGAGGCGGCAUAUACACUGCUGCUACACGCUGAACUGCUGGAGUGGUGUGAUCGGCCGUGUGCUAAGCACCUGAUUCCCAGAGCUGGUUCUCAUGAGUGGAGCCAACAGGAGCUGAAGGAGCGACUCUUCCAGGAGAUCAUGGCUUACCUGGACCAGGGCAAGAUGUGGGAGAAGGCUAUUGACCUGGGUAAGCAGCUGGCCAAGAUGCACGAGUGCCAGAUGUUCGACUUCAUGGAACUGAGUCAGCUACUGCAACAGCAGGCCAAGUACUAUGAGAACAUCAUGCACGCCAUGCGGCCGCAGCCGGAAUACUUCGCGGUCGGCUACUAUGGACAAGGAUUCCCUACAUUCCUCAGGAAUAAGAUGUUCAUCUACAGGGGUAAGGAGUAUGAGUGGCUUGAAGACUUCAGUGUGAAGCUGUUGUCUCAGUUCCCCAACGCCACGCGCAUGACGAGCACCACGCCACCUGAUGACACCAUACACAACUCACCUGGACAACAUAUCCAGGCCUUCACAGUGAAGCCCGUCCUCACGCUGCCACAGAAGUUCAAAGACAAAGGAGUUCCAGAACAAAUACUCAAUUAUUACCGCACCAAUGAGGUCGACACAUUUCAGUAUUCCAGACCCUUCAGGAAAGGCAAGAAGGACCCCGACAACGAGUUCGCAACCAUGUGGAUCGAGCGGACCACCUACAUAACGGCCUACAAGUUCCCCGGAAUCCUCAAAUGGUUCGAAGUCAAAUCCAUUUCUGUGGAGGAGAUCAGCCCGCUGCAGAACGCCGUGGAGACCAUGGAGCUGGCCAAUGAGAAGCUCAGUAACCUGGUACAGCAGCAGGCAGUGGACCAAUCACAGCCUGUCCAUCCGCUCUCCAUGAUGCUCAACGGCAUAGUGGACCCAGCGGUACAGGGGGGCUUCGCCAACUACAAAAAGGCGUUCUUCACAGAGAAGUACAUGCAGGAGCACCCAGAAGAUUUGGAGCGAAUUGACGUCCUGAAACACCUCAUAGCACUGCAGAUCCCUCUGCUGGACGAUGGCAUCCGUAUCCAUGGUGAGAAGGCCACCGACCAGCUCCGCCCCCUGCAUGACCAUAUAAGCACGUGCUUCGUGGAGCUGCGGGCCAAAGUGGAAUCCCUAUACGGAGUCAUUACACUGAAGAAGAAGCCGCGCGUGGGCUCGGUCGUCAUGCCCUACAUCAUGUCCUCCACUCUGCGUCGGAUGUCCGUCAUCUCCACGGCCAGCUCCUCCCCCUCCACGACAGGCUCCUCCUCUUCCGGCCUCCACACCCAAUCAGAGGGCCUCUCCAGGCGGUCCAGCCAAUCAGACGAGACCCCACCCUCGCGGCCGCCAUCUCAAGAUCGCAUGUCAGUGAUGUCCUUGUCUCGGGGGGGUGAUGAGGAUUCUCGUAUCAGCCGUCGCAACCGCAAGGAGUGGAGCAUGAGCAAGAGCCAAGUGCUACUGGAGAGAGUUAGCGACGCAGAACAGGCAGGUGUUGAGAGGCAGCCUCGUCCGAAGAGCCUGCAGCUCGGUGAUAGGAGACUCACGCUGUCAAUCAAUCCCGGAGACCCCGCCCUCCUCAGCCCGCUGCCUACCACCCCACACACACCCAGGAGCUCUAGUUACACCUUCCUACCAGAGGAUGGCGCUGACACUCCGGGCACCCCUCCCCCCAUGCCUCCCAAGAAGCACCCUCACGACGAGUUCUCCUCUCCUCCGCUCCCGGUGAAGAUUGAAGGGAAGCCGCCGCCUCCUCCGCCCAAGACACGCAAGAGCAUGUUCCCCAUGUAACACACACACACACACACACACACACACACACACACACACACACACACACACACACACACACACACACACACACACACACACACACACACACACACACACACACACUCCCACACACACACACACAC